ACAUAUUUAUCAACUUACUAUUAGACGCUCAAUGCCUUCGAUUUAUCAACACCCUUUUUCAAACCCCAUCAUCUUAAUCUUCAACAAAUUGCAUCUUUCACAACAAUAAGCUCCUAUGGCAUCCUCCACCCUCUCAUCUGCCACCCCAUCUCAGCUAUGUUCGAGCAAGAGUGGAAUGUUCGCGCCAUCAUUGACUUUGGCGAAAGCGGGUAGAGUUAAUGUUUUGAUUGGAAAGGAAAGAGUAGGAGGGAUGAAGCUAACAUGCCAAGCUACUAGCAUUCCAGCAGAUGAUGUGCCUGACAUGAAAAAAAGAGAAUUAAUGAAUUUGUUGUUGUUGGGUGCCAUUUCUCUUCCUACUGGUUUCAUGUUGGUUCCUUAUGCAGGUUUCUUUGUCCCACCUGGUGGAGGAGGUGGUGCUGGUGGUACCAUCGCUAAGGAUGCUCUUGGCAAUGAUGUCAUUGCUGCUGAGUGGCUUAAGACACACGCACCAGGGGACCGGACCCUUACCCAAGGAUUGAAGGGAGAUCCAACAUACUUGGUUGUGGAGAACGACAAAACUCUUGCAACAUACGGAAUCAAUGCUGUUUGCACACAUCUUGGGUGUGUGGUUCCAUGGAAUGCUGCGGAGAACAAAUUCAUCUGUCCAUGCCAUGGAUCCCAAUACAAUAACCAAGGCAGAGUUGUCCGAGGACCUGCCCCUUUGUCGUUGGCAUUGGCACAUUGUGAUGUUGAUGAUGGAAAGGUGGUGUUCGUUCCAUGGACCGAAACAGAUUUCAGAACUGGUGAUGAACCAUGGUGGUCAGCAUAAGACUAGAUCACAUUGUCAGUCGUCGUUUUGAAUUCAUUGUGAAGUGGACUACAUAAUUCUGCAUCAACAAAGAUACAUUGAGUACAGUAGAUAGUAUUGUAAACUGUGUGAUGUUGAAUAUCUAAGGACAGCAAUAUUCAAGUUUUUCCCUGGCAGAUACAUUUCCCUGCUACUGAUAUAAAUUGCCUAUAUCUUACAUAUUUAUCGUUUGAAGCAAA